AUGGCUCGCGCGGCCUUCCGCCGCCUGCGCCCGGCCCUCGGCCCGUGGGUCCGCCCGGGGCUCGGCCCCUGCGCCCCGCCUUCGCCGCCCGCCGCGAGAUGUUCUCAUUCCAGAGGGAAGGAACGUCUAGAGACUCCAUCUGCUAACAAAUUAACAGAUAUAGGAAUUAGAAGAAUCUUUUCGUCAGAACAUGACAUUUUCCGGGAAAGUGUAAGGAAGUUUUUUCAAGAAGAAGUGGUUCCUUACCACGCAGAAUGGGAGAAAGCUGGUGAAGUGAGUAGGGAGCUUUGGGAAAAAGCUGGAAAAGUAGGACUGCUUGGUGUCAAUAUUGCAGAACAUCAUGGUGGUAUUGGUGGGGACUUGUAUUCGACAGCUAUUAUUUGGGAAGAACAAGCAUAUUCAAAUUGUUCAGGCCCAGGAUUUAGUCUUCAUUCAGAUAUUGUCAUGCCCUAUAUUACAAAGUAUGGCUCAGAAGAACAAAUUAAACACUUCAUCCCCCAGAUGGUCAGUGGGAAAUGUAUUGGUGCCAUAGCAAUGACAGAGCCUGGAGCUGGAAGUGAUUUGCAAGGAAUAAAAACAAAUGCCAAAAAGGAUGGAAGUGACUGGAUUCUCAAUGGAAGCAAGGUAUUCAUAAGCAAUGGGUGGCUAUGUGACGUUGUGAUAGUAGUGGCAGUCACAAAUCGUGAAGCUCACUCUCUUGCCCAUGGCAUUAGCCUUUUUCUGGUGGAAAAUGGAAUGAAAGGAUUUAUCAAGGGAAAAAAGCUACAGAAAAUGGGACUAAAAGCCCAGGAUACUUCAGAAUUAUUCUUUGAAGAUGUACGGUUGCCAGCUAGUGCCCUACUUGGAGAAGAGAAUAGAGGUUUCUAUUACCUCAUGCAAGAGCUUCCACAGGAGAGGCUACUGAUUGCUGAGUUGGGAAUUUCAGGCAGUGAAUUCAUGUUUGAAGAAACCAGGAAUUACGUUAAAGAGAGAAAUGUUUUUGGGAAAAAAGUUGCACAUAUUCAGACGGUGCAGCAUAAGCUAGCUGAAUUAAAAACACAGAUUUGUGUGACCAGAGCUUUUGUAGACAGCUGUCUCCAGCUGCAUGAAAAGAAACGUCUGGACUCCACCACUGCCUCCAUGGCGAAAUAUUGGACAUCUGAGUUACAAAACCGCAUUGCUUAUGACUGUGUCCAGCUCCAUGGAGGUUGGGGGUACAUGUGGGACUACCCAGUUGCAAAAGCUUAUGUGGAUGCCCGAGCUCAGCCAAUCUAUGGUGGUACCAACGAAAUAAUGAAGGAGCUGAUUGCAAGAAAGAUCGUCUAUGACAAGUAGACAUCUGCCCACAUCCUGGAAUCCUAUUACAACUAAUCUGGUUUUAAAUCUACUCAAGAUAAAAUGCAACCUGGAAUAGGAGGAAAUGCUAAACAUGUUUUUAUAUGCUCUCUCUAUAGAAAGAGAAAUCAAAGACUAGAUUAAUACAGUGGUAGGAGAAACUUUGAACUCAAAGAUUCUAAAUUUUUCCAGUGCAAGGUUUAACUUUUAAGUUUUUACAUAGCUAAAAGGCAAAAAUGUUCUGAUUCUAGAAACCUUGCCAUUUGGUUUUCCCUAAAACUCUAAAAAAAAAAGCAUAAUUGCUUUCAAAUUGAGGCAGCAAUAGUUUUGUUUCAUUUGCCCUCAUAUUUUAAGUUCGGCUUAUAGAAGACACAAAGUAUUUGUUAAUUUUUAAAAGUACACUGUUCCAAAAAAAAGUCACUGUUUUGAUACCUAUAUCAAUGGUAUACUAUAAAAACAUUAAUAAGAAUUAAAAGCACAUUGAUUUUGAAAGGGAAAAACAAAUAUAAUAUACAAUGCAAAUGAUUUCUACCACCCUAUCCUAAGCCUCUAUUUUUAGGCAGUGGAAUUAUUUCUUCAAACAAAAGCUUCUGCACAGUCUUUGUGAAAUACUGAUGAAUGAAGAGCUGCCUUAGUAGAAGCAGGAAGCCUUUCUGCCUUACUGCCUUGGAACCACCAGGACUCAAGUUGAGUAUCUGUCCAAAGAAUGUGGUAGCUUCUCUCAUCUACUGACACCUGGGCUUGCAACAGAUUUCAUGCCACUUUCAUUCAUAGGAGAAUAUGAAAUAAUUUAUCAUCCUAUAGUUCAAUAUAAUGGGAUAUUUCAUAGGUUUCAAACAGUGACUUUUAGGAGCACUUGGGCAGCUCAGUUGGUUAAGCAUCUGCCCUUGGCUCAGGUCAUGAUCCCAGAGUCCUGGAAUCAGAGUCCCAGGAUCAGAGUUCUGGGAUCCAGCCCUGUGUCAGGCUCCCUGCUCUUGGGAGUCUGCUUCAUCCUCUCCCUCUGCCACUCCCCCUGCCUAUGCUCUGUCUCUCUCAAAUAAAUAAAAAUAAAAAAAACAGUGACUUUUAGUUUGGAACAGAGUACUUUUAAAAGUUAACAAAAGUGGGACGUCUGGGUGGCUCAGCAGUUUAGCGGCUGCCUCUGGAUAAGGUUAUGAUUCUGUGAUCCUGGGAUCGAGUGUCACAUUGGGUUUCCUGCAAGGAACCUGCUUCUCCCUCUGCCUAUGUCUCUGCCUCUCUCUGUGUCUCUCAUGAAUAAAUUUUUAAAAAAUUAACAAAGUAAUCAUUUAAAAUAGAAAAGUGAGGGGACACCUGGCUGGCUCAGUUGGUAGAACAUGCAACUUUUGAUUUUGAGGUUGUGAGUUUAAGCCCACGUUGGGUGUGGAGAUUACUUAAAAAUAAAAUCUUUCAGAGGUGAAUAAAUAGGAUAAGAAAGUGAGGAAACAUUUGAUUUGAUGUUUAAAAGUAAUUGCUAUCAAAGAACAAGCCAUUAAUUUAAUUUGUAAUCUGCUAGAAUCAUUUCAGUACUUUUUUUUCCUUGCAUAGAUUGGUGAGAGAGUGAAAAAAAGACACUUGAAACAAAUAGAGGUAUUCUCUAUAAACUUCAAAAACUUAAAGCUUUUAUUUGGUGCAGUUGGUAUUAAACAUUAUUUUUUAAUGCAACCAUUACAACUGGGUAGAGUAGAGGGAAGAGAAAAUACUUCAAUACCAUUCUUUCCUAGAAUUCUACACCUUUGAUUUGCUCGUAGGUAGAAGUUUGUAUGAUUGCUACCUGGAGUUCUUGUUCAUAUGCAUUAAAUACUGUGCAAAAUGGAUUAAGAUAGAAUUUUAUUAGAUUAUGGUAUUUGUAGUUUUUAUCUUCCACCUAUUACCAAGACACCAAUAUAGGAUUAGAUAAACUGACCCACUCCCUUUCAGCCCCUUUUCAUUCCUUUCUCAAUCUUAAGGAAACUAGAUUUUAGGAACAUCUGUAACAUAAAAAGUAAGUGGGCAUAGUAGGAAAAGUCUACUAUGUGGAGGUGGAGAGACCUGGGUUUGAAUAAUGACUCUAUCUUUUAAGAGCCUUUGGAUCUUGGGCAACUUCUUUUAACUUCUCAGGAUUCUUUUGGGUGCAAAUGACAAAAGAAACCUAAUUCAUACUACUGUAACCCCAAACUUGGGUGUGCUAGCUUAAAAGAAUUGUGAAGGGGCAGCUGGGUGGCUCAGUCAGUUAAGUGCCUGACUCUUGAUUUUGUCUCAGGUCAUAAUCUCAAGGUCAUGAGACGGAGCCCUAUGUCUGCUUUGAGCAUGGAACCUGCUUAAGAUUCUCUUUCUACCUCUCCUUCCCAAAAGUAAAUAAAUAAAGAUAAAAGGAUUGUGGAGUAGCUCAAAUGACCUAAAGGACUAUAGGAACUAGGGUCUCAGAGGCUCGAUUUGGGGCUUGGAACUGCCAGCACUUAAACUAUAACUAUUUCUUUUUUUUUUUUUUUUUCUUGCAAAUGGACCUAAUGGACCCUGCAGAGAAAUUUCAUUGCACAGUCUGUAAAAAUGACCUUGGGCUUUUCCAGGCCUAUAGCCUUCAGCACAAUGUCAUUAUUAGGUAGGGGAAAGGUGCAUUGUGAUUGACAGUCUCAUUAGGAAUACACAGACUGGGGGAGGCAGUUCCUGAAGCAAGAGUGGUAUUAUAGAAAAAAAAAAAAAAAAAAGGAACAGAGAAGUCUGUUGGGAAAACCCAAAUCAUACACACCAAAGCUAUUACAGUCCACUGGAGCUAGGAGUAGGUUUUAGUAAUUUAGAUAUCUCAGAGAAUGAAAGGGUUUCUAAGACAGGAUGUCUUCUUAGAAUAAUAUCUAGGAUGUUUUCUAUCUCCUACACCCGUUGGUUUUGUUUUUGGUUUGUCUUGCCAACGUCACUCUUCUUUUGGGCUCCUAAAAGAAGCAUAUGUUGUAUCGUGGGCUUAAAGCUGAAAGCAAAAGAAAACAGAGAAUUCAGAAUGUGUUUCUUAACCUUUAAUUUGGAUUUUAUUUCUUAAAUAGCUAAUCUUUGUGUUUUGCUUGUGUGGCUUUGAUUGUUGCCCCUGGGGAGGGAAUUUGUCAUCAUGUAUAUCAUGCUGUGCUAAGUGCUCAAGAAAACAAUAAAUAAUAAUAAUACUCAAAAGAACAGACUGGACCAACACAGCAAGAGAGCCACACUGUGUAAAUAAUUAAUGAGAAUCAAAAAGCCUGAGUAAUUUUGUUUUUUAGCUGAGGUUUUUAGAAUCACAAUUAUUGCUGUAAAUUUUUCACCCUUUAUUUCUUUGAUAGUGUCAUUGAAAAUGGUAAUAUAUAAAAGAAGCUGUUUUGAUAUGCUAUUUUAAAAUCUAACUGCAAAUCAUUACUAAUCUAGUAAUUUUAGGAGUUUUUUGCUCAAGGUGUAAGAUUUCUAGGAGACUAGUUUUUUUUUUUUCCAUGUGUCAGUAUUAUUUUUGGCAUACACAGCAUUUAUUUAUUUGAAAUCAUUGGAAAGAUUUGACAUUGAGAUGGAAACCAACUGUAGGCCUAUAGUGUCUACUGCCUUAUAAUAAAUGUGGAAAGGAAGUUCUCAGUUUUUGAAACCUGUUUUCCAUUUUUAAGAAAAAUUACAGAAAACUUCAAACAUACUCAAAAAUAGUAAAGAUCGUAUAAUGAACCGCUAGCUUCAACAUUUGCCGAUGUAUCUCUCUCACCUUUUUCCUAACUUAUUUUAAAGCUAAAUCCCAGACUUAAUCCUAUUUCACUCAUACAUGUGUGUUUCAGAAUACAUACCUAACUGAUGAAGAUUUUUUCUACAUUACUACAAGGCCAUCAUCAUAAUUAAAAAGCUUAAAUUUAACUUAUACUUCCAAAUAAACCUUAAAGUUUUCUUGGUUCUAUCAAGAAUGCCUCUUGUAGUUGGUUUGUUCAAAUCAGAAUCCAAACAAAGUCCAAAAAUUGCAAUUUUUUUAGUUGUCUCUUAUUUUAUCAUUGUUCUCCCUUCUUUUUUCUUUUUAAAUUUUAUUUUUAAAUUAACAUACAGCAAACUUGCCUGUUUUUGAUAUAUAUAUAUAUAUAUAUAUAUAUAUAUAUAUAUAUAUAGUGAAACUGCCUUUUUUGGUUCUCUAAAUUUAGCAUGUAAAUAGAUUCAUGCAAUCCCUACCACAAUCAAGAUACAGAACAGUUCCAUUACCCACCAAAAAUACCUUGUUCCCUUUGUAGUCACACCCUCUCUGCACCUCUACCCCCAAUACCAACGAUCUGUUCUCUGUUAUUACAGAUUUGUCAUUUCAAGACUGUCCUAUGGCAUUAUAGAGUAUGUAACUCCUUGAGAAUGGCUUCAUUCUCUUAGCAAAGUGCAUUUAAGAUUUAUUCAUGUUGUGUGAAUAGGGUGUUUCUUGUUUUAGUGCUAGAUAGUAUGUCACGGUAUGGAUAUACUGCAAUUUGUUCAUUCAUUCACCUGUGUAGGGACAUUUUGGUUGCUGAGAUUAAAUACCCAGGAAAUGAAUUGUUAGGUCAUAAAGAUAAAUGCAUGUUGAACAUUCUAAGAAAUGCCAAACGGUUUUUCCAGAAUCCUCGAAUCAUUUGGCUUUCCACCAGCCAUGCAAGCAUUCCAAUUGCUCUGCAUCUUUUCUAGUACUGUAUUUUUUAAAUUUUAGUCUUUCUAAUAUGUAUGUAGUGGUAUUGCAUUGUGGCUUUAAUUUGCAUUUCCCUAAUGCCUAAUGAUAUUGAACAGCUUUUCAUGUGCUUAUUUUACCUUCCACAUAUCUUCUUUGGUGGAUUUUCUUUCUUUUUCUUUUUUUUUUUUUUUUAAGAUUUUAUUUAUUCAUGAGAGACACACAGAGAGAGAGAGAGAGAGAGGCAGAGAUAUAGGCAGAAGGAGAAGCAGGCUCCACUCAGGGAACCUGAUGCGGGACCCGAUCCUGGGACUCCAGGAUCACGCCCUGGGCUGAAGGCAGAAGCUAAACCACUGAGCCACCCGGGCUGCCCUUUGGUGGAUUUUCUAUCCAGAUAUUUUGCCCAUUUUUUAGUUGGGUUGCUUGUUCUAAAUAUCAGGCUUUAAGAGUUCUUUAUAUAUUCUGAUACUGUGAAGCACAAGGCAAAGCCAGUCUUCCAGAUUCAGCUAGUAAAGAAACAAUGAGCCCUUUUUUGACUCAGUUUACUCUUUACAUUGAGUGAAAAGACAAGUAGCUUAAAAGAAUCAGCUCUCUGUGGCCUUUGUGUGGGAUGACACUGAAACAAAAGAAGCCAUAAGAGUCCCGAUGAGUAUAGUAGGAAUGAUAGGAUGCUCUAUUGCUGAGGAUUCCAUUCCAUGGUGCUGCUCAUCACUUUUAUAGCUAUACAUGUGCCUUAAUGCUAGCAAAGCAGAAAAGCCACAUAACCGAUAAGAACCCUGAAAUUAUGAGUGCUAUCUCAGGACUCUCCAGGGUUGAUAGGGAAGCCAGAGAGAAGUAGCCUUAUAGCAGCACCUCUCAGAUCUCCCAUGCUCUCAUGUUCCAGGGGGACCACAAGGCAUUCUGUCAAGAUUCAGCUGCUAUUCAAGCCUUGCCCAGGUGGCCCAUGUGGCAACAUGUGAAGUCAUCAGGCUCUGGCUCUUCCUCAAUAGAUACAAGUCUUUUGUCAUAUAUGUGACUUGUAAAUAUUUUCUCCCUAUCUGUAGCUAGUUCUGAGAUGGGUUUCAUAGAACAAAAAUUUUAACUUUGAUGAAUUCAGAUUUAUAAAUUUUUUUCUUGUGAAUUUGUAUCAUAUCUAAGAACCUUUUGCUCAAACUCAAGUCAUUAAAUUUUUCUCAUAUGUUUUCUUCCAA